AUGAGCUUUGUGAAAAAUAUUUUCGGUGUAGGUGAUAACAAAGAAAGUGAACAGGAAGAUGACACUAGUGAAGAAAUUUCGUCGUCUUCGGAUACUGGGUUCUUAAGUAAUCUAAACAGUAAUAGUGAUUUGGAUAGUAGUUUGGGAUCGAAUGGCACCGGAGAUCCCGAUUGUUCGACUAUAUCGAAUUUUUUCGGUUAUUGGAAAAGUCUGGUUAACCAAGAAGCUAAAUUUCAAAGUAAACUCAACGAACUUACAAAAGAACUAGCUUUUCGAGAUGCCGAAGCGAACAAACUUAAAUUCCAAUUGGAAGAACUGCAACGAGAUGCCUUUGCUAAAUCUGCAGGAAUGGACAGGGUUGAAUCCGAGUUGAAGGAAGCGCAAAAAGAAUGUGAAACAAUUGGUAGGACUAUAAGAAAUUUAGAAAAUGAACUUGAAAAUCAAAAGAAAAGAAACAUUUUAUUAAAUAGGGAAUUAGAAGAAAAAACAGAAUCAUUUAGUAUAUCAGAAAAAGACUACAAAUCAAAAAUAGACUACUUAGAAAAUGUAAUAAAAGAAUUACGAUUGCGAAUUGAAGAUUUAGAAAAGCAAUUGUUAAAUUUAAAUGUAGAAAAAUCGGAAUUAAUUAGGAGGCGAGAAGAAGCGAUGAGCGAAAGAGAUCUAGAAAAGGUGAAAAUAGAAGAAAUGUUAGACCAAGCGGAAAAGCAGAAGCAACAAUUAGAAGAAAAAUGGAAGAAGGAUUUUGAAAAUUUAAGGACCGUUAAUAUUUUAAGGGAACAAGAAAUGUUAAGCGAUUUUGAGUGGAAACUAAGAGACGUAGAGCAGACUUGUAAGAAAAAAAUAGACGAAAAAGAUGAAAUUUUACAAAUGUCAUUACAGCAUUCACAGAAAAAGGAAACAGAAGCUACGGAAUUAACGAAAAAGAUGGACAACCUAAUUUUACUAGAAAAAGAACUCAACGAAUUAAAAAACAAAACGAUGGAUCAAAACAGCGUAAUGAAAAAUCUUAUUGACGAACACGAACAAAUGCAACAAAACGAAGAAACUCUGAAAGCCGAAGUUAAAAAAUUAAGAAAUCUAAUAGAACUCGAAAAGGAAAAUUUGCAACACAUGCAAAGGAUACAUCAUCAGGAAAUUUUAGAUAAAGAAAGGAAAUUGCAGCAAACGCUUAACGAAAAACGCAUCGAAAUCGCAAUGUACUGGGAGGAGCGAUUAUUGAGCGAAAUAUCUAGACUGAAAUACGAAUUAGAACAAAUUUACAACGAAGAAAAAUACUCGGAAAUCGAAAGUGUCAGACGGAACAAAGACGAAGAUUUUAAAAAGGCAGAAAAGCAAUGGCAGCAGAAAUUUACAGAAUCUUCAAAUGAGGUGCAAAAUCUAAAAAAGGCCAUUCAAGAAAGAGAACAAUACUACAAAGAUGAAAUAGUGAAACAACAGAGCAUAACGGAUCAGGAUAUAUUCGAACUAAGAAGACUUAUGGACAAACUAGAUAUGUCACAUCAUGACAAAUAUGAAAAAUUAGCCCAGGAACACGAAACCGAAUUAGAGAAUCUAAGACUUGACUGUAACAAAGAAAUAGAAAAGCUAGAAAUCUACUGGAAAGAAGAAGUUGAGCUUCUCAAUGCUAAAAUUGCUUCAAUGAAAGAACAAAUGGAAACCGAAGCACAAGAAAGAUUAAAAGUUCUGAUACAGAGUCAUCAAAGCGAAUUAGAAGAACAAUGGGAGAAUCUUAUUCACCAAAAAAAAGAAGCUAUACAAUUUUUAGAAGAAAAAUACAUCGCCAAAUGUCAGCAACUUGAAGAACAACUCGAACUUCAACAAAGAUCUCAUAAUGGACGAGAAGUGGAACUUUUAAAGACUGUAGACUCGUUGAAAAAUGAAUUAGAAAGUAAAGAAUCGAUAAUAGAGGACAUGCAAAGCAAUUUGGAAACAUUGGAAGGUGGCAUCCAGGUUCUGAAUCAAGAAGUUGCACAGCAAAAUGAAAUGCUUUUAAAAGAGAAAAGGGACAGCGAACAAAGAGCAAGAUGCUAUGAAUCAAAAAUAGCUAAAAUUCAAGAAAAAAAUGAAAAAGAACAAGAAGCGUACAGACUGAAAUUUAUAAAUUCGCAGAAAACUCACCAACAAACCAUGGAUCACUUUCAGAGGAAGUACAACUGUUUAACAAAAUUAUUUGAAGAAGUAAGACAGCGGUACGAACGAAGAGAAUCACGGCAAGAAGAUAUAAAUAUCAUAUCAGACUUGAAGCAAAUCAUCAGCGAACAAGAAAAGGAUCUUAACUGUCUAAACGAGGAAAAAAGAUACUUCCAAAUGAAAUUAAUGGCUUUGGAAAGUCGUCUAGAAAAUAGAGCUUCGUCCGAAGAAUCUUUAAAAGACGAUCCACCGUUUUCAGAUUGUAACGAGGUUUUCGCCGCGGAAACCACAAAUCAUUCACCAAAUGUGAUUUGUAUUCCUCCUACAAUAGAAGAAGGCGAGGAAUAA